GAAAUAAAGAACCAAGGCGCGGUGAUUGAAAAGUAACUUUGGGAAGAGGAAAAAGCUAGCACAAUGGGAGUUACAGCGAGCCUACCCAUGUACGCUGUUGAAGAUGUGCCCGGGAAGGGUAAAGGCCUCAUCGCGACUAAGGACAUUCCCAAGGGCACGCGGAUCAUCUCCGAGAAACCCAUUAUCGCUUCGGGUCGACAUGUCGCAGAUAUGGAGCAACUACAGAUUCGCAUUUGUCAGCAAGUUAGCUCUCUAAGCGAAGGCCAGCAACGAGAGUUCUUUUCUAUGGACAAUAUCUAUCCUUACACCAACUCUACAGAGAGGUGGCGCGGCAUCUUUCGAACGAAUGCCCUACGUAUCGGACCGGUUUUAGAUGAAGAGGGUAUUUUUUUCAAAGCAUGCCGGAUCAAUCACGCCUGUGACAAUAAUGCACAAAACUUUUGGAACGAGAAUCUUAACCAGCUCACGAUCCAUGCUGUAAGAGAUAUCCGCAAAGGGGAGGAAAUCACUAUAUCUUACCUGGGCAGUCGCAGAAACCGUCGGGCACGACAGGAAGAGCUUUGGGAGAAUUUCAAGUUUACGUGUUCGUGUCGACUCUGCUCUUUACCGCCCGACCAGAGCAGGGACAGCGAUUCAAAGUUGGAUCGUAUUCAUGAAUUAGAUUGCAUCAUCGAUCAAGGUGGCGUACCAGGGCUCGUUUCAUCUGCCCGGCGGAUGCUUAGCUACAUCGAUGAACAGGUCCGGCUCUGGAACGAACUAACUCCGAACGAAGUCAGCCUGGCUCGGGCAUAUCCCGACGCCUUUCAAAUUGCUAUCGCAAAUGGAGACUUGGCGAGGGGGCGCAUCUUCGCAGAGAGAUUGGUGCCUCUGUAUCUGACCACCAUCGGUGACGACAGCCCUGAGGUGAUUCAGUACAGCAAGCUAGUUCGAGACCCCGCGACACAUGAUUACUACGGCAUGUCAAUGAAGUGGAAGACGACACUGGAUGAAGUUCCGCAGGGACUAGGACCAAAGGAGUUCGAAGACUGGCUUUGGAAGAGGAGGAAGGAAACUGCCCAAGGACAACUGGCAGGUCUUCGCGACCCUGAGACCUUCCCUAGCUUCGAUGAUCUCCCGGACGAGCGCGACUUUGAAUCAAAAUACUUUGAGUGUAGAGAUAUGGCCAAUCGCCGACCGGUGCGUCACUGGUGCUUUCUGGCGGAGAUUCGGGAUUUUGACUUCUUCGUUCGCCUGCACAUGACGGUCAAGGAUUCACAGAUUCAGAAGGGAUAUACGGUUGCGAUUCUGUACGCUGUACGCCAUGCCUUCAUGUCCUGCGAACCCGGUAUCCGCCACGAGAAUCCCCAGAUGAUGAAGAUCUUUCCUUUAUCAUUGGAUAGGUUGCAGAACUUGAGUGAAAAUGUCCAGAAGUUCUCCACGGAGCUUGACGGUGUCAGGAUAUGCCAUGGAUGCGGUAAGAAGGGGACUUCUCUAAAGCAGUGCGGCAAGUGCUCCUCUUUCUGGUAUUGCAACAGGGUUUGCCAAAAAGCCGAUUGGAUUGAAAAAGGGCAUAAGGCCGAGUGCAAGGUGUUGAAAGACCCGGAUUGGCGAGCAAUGCUCCAUCGAAAAUGGGAUGAGUUUAAUGGCCAUGUUCACUUUCCACUCCGCAUCGGGGAGAGUUCCUGAGUGGGAACCGAGGCGCACUCAAAGGGACAGCUAAAUUAAUGGGAAGAUUAAUGGGAGUCUUCUGGACAGUGCAUCAUAAUCUUUUGGGAAGGAUUAUACUACCACGCCAGACCGGCGCUGCGGGAGACGGUGCUAGGGCCUGAGCAUCUAGACACGCUAACAAGUGUAUACUGCCUCGCUCACCUCCUCGCAAGUCGGCAUUGCUACAACGAGUACCUUACUCUGUACGAAAGAGCAUGCGUAGCGUACCACACCGUCCUUGGGAAGGACCAUUCAACCACCCGCGCGUGUUGCGAUCAUUAUACUAAAGCCAAGAUGCACGCAUGGUUAUCACGUGGGCUAGAGAUGCUUGGCAUUAGAAGCUCGAGAUCCUCUGUUGAAUAAAAGGACUGUGU